UUUCCCUGACGUUCCCAGAGAUUAGCCAGUCAAGGGAGAGUUUGGCAGCGCAAGGCCAGCCAAUCAGCGAGCGGAAUAAUCAAGUGACAUUCUCCCUAUUUCUUCCUGUCUUAUCGGUUUAGCUCUGCUCCGUAAUGUCUGCGGCUCCGUGCUCUAUUUCUGCCUCAGGGCCUGUUCCCGGCAUGUCCAUGUUCCGCUGGCUUGAAGUGCUGGAAAAAGAGUUUGAUAAGGCGUUUGUGGAUGUUGACUUGUUGCUAGGGGAAAUAGACCCGGACCAGGCAGAUAUCACAUAUGAGGGUCGACAGAAAAUGACCACCCUAAGCUCUUGUUUCGCACAACUUUGCCACAAAGCACAGACUGUCAGUCAGAUCAACCACAAGCUGGAGGCACAGUUGGUGGACCUGAAGUCAGAGCUAACAGAAGUUCAAGCAGAGAAAGCAGUGUUGGAUAAUGAGGUUCAUGACCAGCUUCUGCAGCUACACGCAGUACAACUACAGCUGCACUCAAAGACUGGCCAGAAUGUCGACUCUGGAGCCAUUAAGGCUAAACUGUCUGUACCUUCUGUGGAGGCAAUGGAAAAAGAACUUGAAGCAAACAAAAAAGAAAAGGUGAAGGAAGCUCAACUGGAAGCGGAAGUGAAAUUGCUUCGAAAGGAAAAUGAAGCUCUUCGUCGGCACAUUGCAGUUCUGCAGGCAGAAGUGUAUGGCGCACGACUGGCUGCCAAGUACCUAGAUAAGGAACUCGCUGGAAGAGUCCAGCAGAUUCAGUUGCUUGGUAGGGACAUGAAGGGCCCUGCUCAUGACAAACUGUGGAAUCAGCUUGAAGCAGAAAUUCACCUUCAUCGACACAAGACUGUUAUUCGAGCCUGUCGGGGGCGGAAUGAUCUAAAGCGCCCAUUGCCAGCACCUCCAGGACACCAGGACCCAGACUGCUUAAAGAAAAGCCAAGGGGUUGGUCCAAUCAGGAAAGUUAUUCUGGCGAAAGAAGAUCAUGAAGGACUUGGCAUAUCAAUUACGGGUGGGAAAGAGCACGGUGUUCCAAUACUUAUCUCUGAAAUCCAUCCAGCUCAACCAGCAGACCGCUGUGGAGGAUUGCAUGUUGGGGAUGCAGUUUUGGCAGUAAAUGGAAUUAAUUUAAGGGACGCAAAGCACAAAGAAGCCGUUACGAUUCUGUCUCAACAGAGAGGAGAAAUUGAAUUUGAGGUUGUAUAUGUUGCCCCUGAAAUAGAUUCUGAUGAUGAAAACGUAGAGUAUGAAGAUGAUAGUGGACAUCGUUACCGCUUGUAUCUUGAUGAAUUAGAAGAGGGAGGUGCUAACCCUGGGGUUAGUACUAAAGAUGGAAGCGCAGACACCAAAUCACUUCAAGCGUUUGAACAGAAGCUGCAUAUUGAUGGAAAUGAAAACGGAGACCUAGAAACAACCAGCGAAUCACUUUCAGGAGGGGACACUGCUUCCAACCAAGCAUAUUCAACUGAGUCCUUGUCAUAAAGUUUGCUUUGGGAGUCUUUUGGCUGAAGACAAGCAUAUUCCCUCUAGUGGAAUAAGGCUGACGUGAGGACUACUUUACCCAGAAUUUGGGAGGCUGGUUACUGUUGCCUAACAUGGUUUCCUCAGGGUUUCACGGAGCAAUUUUAGCAUGCAAAAAUGUCUUUUCCAUUUAUCACUAUGAGCCAUAACAUUUACAUAUUGCAUGUUUUUUUUUUUUUUUACAAUGUUUUUAAGCACAAAAGCAUGUGACUUUCUAAAUGCAACAUUUUAACCCACCAGGCUUUUUUCUGUAAAGAGUGACUUGAUUGGCUAAGAAUAUCAAGCUUAAUAACCAGGGAAAAAAACAUCUCUUUCAGUAGCAGCAGAUUGCCAUAUAAUGGGACAUUUUUUGUUUAACUAUUUAAGUAAUGCUAUUUGCAUUUAUAUCUAAGAAAAGUGCCAGUUUGGCCCUGUCCAGUCAUUUGAUUGUGUUCAGAUUCAUGCACUAUAGGUGCUGGCAAUUAUACUUUCUAGUUAAGGGCUAAAUAAUGGAAGACACUCUUUUUAAAAUAAUAUGCUUUCCCUUUUACUAUAUUUACAUAUGAGCAGAUUGGCUAAGUAUCUAAAAUACUAACUGAAACUAAAGGGGAACAGAACCUAAAAAUGUUAAUUGAAUAGCACAGAAAAAUGCAGAUAGUCUAACAUAACAGAACACUACUUCCUGCUUUUUAGCU